ACUGGACUGUAUUUUCGCACCUUGUCGAGCUGGUUACGUGCUGAAACGGUUUAAUUUUAGCACGUUUCUGCCGGGUGCUAGUGAACAGGAAUGUGAAGCUGGCUUCUAUAAGUGGACUCAAAUGUUUAUUUAUUUAUUUUUUUAAGUGAAGCAGAGAGACCGUGAUGUCUGGAAGAUGUAACUGCAUGUCCUUACUGCAGUCAUAUAAAACUGAGGAUUUGGGGUCGCAGGUAUGUUUUAUUCCCCUGUCGCUAGUGUUUCGUCGUUCAGCAUCGACACAGUUCAGUGUUUAAAGUCGCGCGGCUAGUUCAGACAUGCUAACCGACGCCGCUCCGCCGGAGAGCUCAAAAUAAACGAAACCCCCCUGCCACAGGAAUAUUGGUUCGGUUUCGGUUUUAAUUUUAAUUAAAAAUUAUGUUCUUUUCCUGUCACUGAGUGAUUUGCACAGGUGUGGCCGUCAGUCGUUUUCUGGUUCAGCUGCUUUAAUACAAACACGCCUUAACACAGGUCUGCUGAGGUCUCAUUGUCUUCUUAUACUUGAAGCAGUGUAACACUUUAUACAUCGUUCUAAAGUUUUCUGACUUUUUAAUAGCUAUACCAUUAGAUGAAGAGGUGUCUGUGCUUAUUAUUGCGUUAUACUAUAGUUAUUAAUGUGUAAUUAUCAACUAUAUUAGCUUCCCCCCCACACAUUAUAAAGACUUAACACUAUACAUUAUAAAGUAAUAGUGCAGACAUGACCGCAGUUGUAGGGCGAGUUUGGGGGUGGGUCAGUCCAGCGAGUCUGUACUCGUCCUGGGGCAGUAAGGCCAAACCUGAGAAACCCCCAACAACGGAGAUUCAUGCUAGAAGCAGAUGGGGCUUAUGGGGACUUACUGCCUGGGUUUGGAGGGGCGAGAACACCAAAAAGGACCAAAAGACAAUCGCAGAGGAAUUCUGGGAGACCGAGGAGACUUUCAAGCCGUUGGAAGUUGAAGAGCUGAGGGCUGAUGUUGAGAUUGAGAAAGCAGCCGCCCGAAGCUCCUCGCGCUGGUGGAGCCGAAUGCUUCCAUCCAGAUACUUUUUCUGGCCCCGGUGGUCGCUGUCCACCCCGCUCCACCAGCAGAAAUGUGCCGGGUGGAGUGAAGGGACGUGGGACAGCGAUGAAGUUGAUGGGGAGUCAGACUAUGGGACGCCUCCGCCGUCCCCCACGCCGCAGACAUCUGCAUUCCAGUUCUUCUCUCGCUCGUGGACGGGAGAAAUCGUGCCUGAGCACUACGAUAUUUGCUUUAAUUUCCUCCGCCACCUCUUUGACUUGUUUGUGGUGGGCUUCCUGACCACCGUAUCCCCUCCGACCAAGUUACUUUUGGACGUGCUGGGGGUGCAGGGGGCGCUGAAGCUGUGGCUCCACGGGAUGGCCAUGUUUCUGGUGUCGUCUGUCGGGAUGGCCGGACUGCUGUGGGUGGUACAGGAGUACCUGCUGCUGUUUGCGUUGAUCUACGGUAUCGUGCAAGCGCUGGUCAUCUCUGUCAGCGUACGCCAGAGUGAGGCUUCGGCAGACGGGGAUGAUGGGAAAGCUGACGGAGAGGUCACAGAGAGCGAGGAGGAACAGAACGACAUACGGGAGCAGAAUGAGCCACAGCACACAGCUGAAGAAAGCAAGAACGGAGAUAAACAAAGGAGCUGAAGUCCUGGGAAAAGUGUGUUUUGGGUUGCUGACGUGCAGAUCGUCCAGCACCCAAAUCUUCCACUGAGGAUUCGACCCCUCGAGUGAUUGAAGAGCACCCUAAAUGUACCAGCACCUCUUUCCUCACCACCACCAGUGGAAGUUUUUUGCUCACUUUAAAAUGUACUUUUAAUUUUCCCCAAAACUAUUUUUACAUAGCACACU